AUGUAUGGGGCCGAAAAAGAAGUGCGGAACAUGGGCGAACACGCGCCGCCUGGCGUUGGCGUACAAGCAAAAAAGAGAAAGAUGGAGGGAACUGAAGAUGGAGAAAGCUCUUCCAAACUACCAAGGCGGCGUGAGCGUGCUCCGGGGUCAAAUGAUGAGGCUGUGGAGGGGGACAUUUCGAGAAUGUCGGGGCAACCCGAGCAGACGGGCAUCCAAGAGGCGUCACCAUUGGGACUCUCAGCUUCAAUACCGUAUGAAGCUGUGUUUCCACCCCUACCGCAUGGCCAUCCAAACUACGUUCGGAGAGCCACCAAAGAAGAACUAUAUGCUUUUAUCGGGCGACAUCCUGAACGGACGUACAUCCGCCAUCGGGUGCUUCCUUCAUAUUUCAACACCCGGGGCUGGCUCUACUGUUCGUGGGUCGCACAGGAGUUGAUACUAGAGUGGAUACGUGCCCGGGAUGACCUCGUGGAGGCGAAAUCACCUUGGCCCAAGGAUAUGAUAUCAGAGGAAAUCAUGCUCAACUGUGUGUUGGAUUUGAAAGUAAUCGUGGGCCAGUAUACACGGCUGGAGGCCCGUGUUUCCGACCCACGAUUGCAACUUGGGGGGCCAAGUAAAUCGGUCAAAACUUACAGCGUCACCAUGGCUCAGAAAAACCUGGAUUUGGGUCACAGGCUCCUUGGGCUCGAAGACCUCUACCAGACGGAGAAGGCAGAACGCGAGCGGCGCGACCGCAUGCUCGCGACCCUCCAUACUCUCUUGACUGGGAAUCUCGGCAAACACCUCACAGAAUACGUCACAACCAUGCCGGGAAGCCCGACGGCCGACAAAGACCGUGCCUACGCCGAGGCCUCCAAGCAGUGGCUGGGCUGCAUGGACGGGGAGCCCGGGAACGGGGACAUGGAUGUCGGCCAACCCUCGGCGCCCAGCUCUGGGGCCGACGACGGUCCUGGUGAAGACGACGUUUGUGGCGCCGAGGACGUUCCUGGCGCAGCAGAUGUUCCUGGCCCAGAAGACGAUCCCGGUGCAGCAGACGUUCCUGGUAAAGAAGAUGUUGCUGGCGCAAAAGUGUUGGCCGGGAAGAAUGCCAUGGAUCUGAGCCGACUUCUGAACAUGCCGAGUGUGUCUGGACCACCAUCAUCAGACGGAUGA